AUGGUGCUGACGGCCGCGUCACUGGCUGCGACCGCCGCCCUCCAUCGCCAAGCAAGGCUGCCGGGAGGACUUCUGGCAGCGGCAGGAGCGUCCAACACCAGCCCUGGACACUUUCCGGGAGAUGGACACAACCACGGAGGAUCAGGGUCAGCUUCUGGGUCCUUGAGUGGCUCCUUCAGCAGUUCAGGAUCAAGUAGCGGUUCAGCAAGCGGUUCAUGGAGUGGUUCUGCGAGUGGAUCAGGGUCUGGCUCUGGGUCGGGGUCCUUCAGCGGUUCUUGGAGUGGUUCUGCAUCUCGUCAUUUAAGGUCACUGCCUGAACGCAGUGGAUCUUGGAGUGGGUCUGGUUCCAUUUCCAUUUCUGGGUCAGGAGAUGGCUCUGGUUCGAUUAGCGGUUCUGGAUCUAUUAGUGGUUCUUGGACAGGAGAUUCGACUUCUAAUAAACCUGAUUCUGGAAGUGACGGCAAUUCUUCCAACAAACCAGGUUCUGGAAACAAUGGCGGUUCUACUUCCAAUAAACCAGGUUCUGGAAACAAUGGCGGUUCUACUUCCAACAAACCAGGUUCUGGAAACAAUGGCGGUUCUACUUCCAAUAAACCAGGUUCUGGAAACAAUGGCGGUUCUACUUCCAACAAACCAGGGAUUGGAAACAAUGGCGGUUCUACUUCCAACAAACCGGGGAUUGGAAACAAUGGCGGUUCUACUUCCAACAAACCUGGUGUAACUGGUUCCUCCCAUCAACGCCCGGGACGAUCAGCACCACAGUUUACCGGCGGGCGUUUGCGACUGAUCCGUGGAACCGAGAACCUGAGAUUCAAGUUGUGUCCACUGUGCAACCUUCCGAAUCUGGGAGAACUGGCCUCAGGGAGCGGUUCAUGGAGUGGUUCCUUGAGUGGUUCUACGUCUGGGAGUGGUUCAGGAACUGGAUCUGCUUCAAUUAGCGGUUCUUGGAGUGGCUCUGGUUCUGGAAAUAACUCAGGAUCCGGUUCAGGUUCAAUAAGUGGUUCAUUAACCAAUUCUGCCUCUGGAAACGGGUCAGGAUCAGGUUCUGGAUCAAUUAGCGGUUCAUGGACCGGUUCUGGUCCUGGGAGUGAAGUGGGAACAGGAUCUGGGUCAGUUAGUGGGUCGGUAAGUGGGAGUCUGGGUUCAUCUGAAGGAACUGGUUCAUUUAGUGGUUCAGGAUCAAUCGCUGGUUCUCUAAGCUGA